AUGGCAGCUCUUCUUUCGACGUCCGCUAUGAGGCGGGGGUUGCGUUCAGUUGUUGAGAGUGAGGGUUCCGCGAAGAAGUUGGGGAGCUGGGGAAGUCAUGAUGAGGUGGUCAAGGUAGAGAGGAGCCCACCUCUACUUCAACACGAGAACCAACUAUUAACGAUCAGCAGAUGUGGAAGUGAACAUAUGAAGACAGGCUAUCGGAAGGCGUGCUUUUCGAUCUGGGAAUGCUUAAGGAGUUGGACGUACGUUCACAAUGAAACAGUCAACAUUUAUUCGCAUAUCAUCGGAGCAGUUCUCUUCAUUCUCAUGCCCGCUUUUGUUUUCAGUGAUGGCCUUCCGCCAAGAUGGUCCAUUGCUUCAACAUCAGACGUCGUCGUAUGCAGUAUCUACGCCCUGGGGGUAACCAUAUGCUUCGUCCUCUCUACUGCCUUCCACACCUUCAUGUCCCAUAGCGAAGCCUACUACCUUGCCGGCAUAAAAGCAGACUUUCACGGAGUUCUAGCCCUGAUGUGGAGCUCAACUGCGCCCCUUGCACACUACACUUUCCCCUGUUCACCCCUCACCCGAGAUGCCUACGUCCUUGUGACUGGAUUCCUGGCCGUUCUUUGUGCGGCAGCAACGGCAAGACCGAAUCUUGGUGCUGUGCAUCUGGGGCAUCACCGCGCUGCGCUUUUUGCGACGUUUGGCGUUGCAGCUUUUGUAAUGCCCAUCGGGCAUGGAGUUCUAGUGUUUGGGAUAGAGGAGGAGUGGGCGAGGGUUGGUGGGGAGUGGGUUGUCGUUACUGCUGCAUGUAACGCUGCUGCAGUGUUGGUGUAUUCGGCAAAGUUCCCUGAACUGUGGUUUCCAAAAACUUUUGACUUGUUUGGAGCCAGUCACCAGAUCAUGCACAUCAUGGUUUUGGCUGCUGCGCUUGCGUACGCAAAGGCAGUUGUCGUGUCCUUUGAUUACAGAAACAGACAGGGGCUUUCUUGCUAG